AGUGACGGUCGGUGAUGUUAUCAGAGUCAUGUAAACGAGAUAAAUAAAUGCGUGUGUAUCGAUGUGUGAGUGUGUCGGCGCGGCGCACAUCCGCGUCGGGUAACGGCUCGUCCCCGCGCCGCGUCGUUGCUGCGCGCGCUGACGUCACCGCUCGAUAAUGGCCGCUGCCUCCCCCCCCGCGCGCCCGCGUCACCCGCGAGUGCGUGCCCGGCUUGAACCACUGGCUCAGUCUUUCUUCAACCCGUAUACUGAACGCGUGUUCCACUACCGACCAGUGCCCGGCUUCCGCGGAUACGAAUGUGAAGCGACUCUGUGUUUUCAGUGUACCAUGGUGAGAGUGUUUUUCUUUUAAAAGUUUAUAAAAAUCUGUGACAAUUUACAAGAAAAGUGAAGAAAACCGAUCUCUCGCCCACCGCUCUAUACCAGGCGGCGAGAUGUCGGUGAUGCAAAUCCAGCAGGCCAAGAGGCAGCACUGCUACCUGUGCGACCUGCCGCGGAUGCCGUGGGCGAUGCUCCACGAGUUCUCCGAGGCGGUGUGUCGCGGCUGCGUCAACUACGAGGGCGCGGACCGGAUCGAGGUGGUGCUGGACACGGCGCGGCAGCUGAAGCGCGCGCACGGGUUCCAGGAGUCGCGGGGAGCGCCGCACGCCAAGGCCGCGCACCGAGCGCCCCUGGAGGCGCACCAGAACGGCUCCGACUCCGGCUCGCGAGGGCAGCCAGCCCCUCCUGCACAUCACGCGCCAUCGGCCGGGUUCCUCCACCACGCGCGACCCACAGCCAGCGCGGGGCUGCUGGCCGAGUAUGGCAGCAGGCGCGAGGAGCACGACGGGCGGCGGCUGGCGCACCUGCCCGCUCACCACCUGCCGGCGCACGGCGCGCGGCUGGCGCCGGGGCUCACGCUCAAGCGGCCUCUAGACGAGGACGAGCACCCCGCGCACCACGAGCCCGCCAAGCGGCUGCUGGAGGAGCACGCGCGCCCGCCGCUCACCCGCGGGGAGUCGCUGCCCGCCGUCUCCCUCGCCGCGCCCUUCGCCCCAGACCGCGUCUUCAAACAAGAGAAACACCCACUAAGGAAUCCAUCUUUCGACGCUACCACUUUCAAAUCAAAUGGUUACGGAAACAGUGCGCCUCUUACGAAUGGAUCAGCUGGGUCUCCGCUGGGCCGCGCGGCGGGCUCGCCCCCGGUGGCGGGCGCAGGGGGGGUGGGGCCGUCCCCCAUGGCAGCGCUCAUGUCGGUCACGGACACGCUGCCGCCCGGCUCCCCGCGCUCUGCCGGCGGCUCGCCCCCGCAGCCGCCGCCGCAGCGCUCCGCCAGCCGCUCCAGCCAACACUCGCCCAACUCCUCAGGGUCGAACGGCGGGCGGCGGUCGUCGGGCUCGCGGCACGUGUCGUCGACGACGUCCGUGUCGUCGACGGAGGCGGGCGAGGGCGGCGACGCGGCGGCGCCCGCGCCCGCGCAGCUGCUCAAGUGCACGCUGUGCCAGGAGCGCCUCGAGGACACGCACUUCGUGCAGUGCCCCAGCCAGCCGCACCACAAGUUCUGCUUCCCCUGCUCCCGCGACUCCAUCAAGAGGCAACAAGGAUCAGAGGUGUAUUGCCCAAGUGGAGAGAAGUGCCCGUUGGCCAACUCGACUGUGCCGUGGGCGUUCAUGCAGGGUGAGAUAGCGACGAUCCUCGGCGAGGAGUUCAAGCCGAAGAAGGAGCGAGAGACCUAGGAGAGCGCUAGACGCCCUAGACUGUACCUGUUGUCCCUCUCGAUGUGAUCGGGAGGCGCGUGUCCCGCGCAGGGGCCGCAGCGCCAGCCGGCGGCGGCGAGCGGGAGACCGGGGGGUGUCCUCCGACCGACGAAAGCGAUUUGUAAAUAAACCUUGUAAAUAUAACUCCGUUCCGCCGAUCAACAUUGUCUUUCGAGCGCUCGUCGGGUAUGCGCUGUAUUCAGCAUAUUGGAUUUUGUAGACUUUUCUAUUAUUUAUUUAUUGUAACCAAUAAUGGGGUAUGUUAGGUAGUGUUUUUAAGUAUUUUUUUACGGUGCAAUAUACUGAAUAUGGUACAUAUCCAAUUUAAAGUUUCGGAUAUGUUUUUUUUUAUCUACUGAUAUAAUGUUUUGAUCCGAAGUCAUUCUUGAUGAGACCGUUUACUCUGUCUUUGCGUGACCGACUGCUCGAGAGUAGAUUUUCUUCGGAUGCCAUUUUCUUAGUUACCUUAGGUCGCAAACCAUAGUGAACUUGGCAUUUAUUUAUGUGAUUUUUAAACCCAUACUAUACGUGCAUACGAUAUCUAUACAUGACAUAUUCUAUGUAGUGAAUAAUUCUAUACAGAUGUAGUCUCAGUGGAACUUCCGUGUACAGAACCUGUAGAUUGAUGUUUACUGUAUUUAUUGCAUCAUACUUAUCUAUAUCUAAUAAUAGUUUUCGUUCAUCUAUACGCGAUUUAUUCAGAGUGGCUCGAGUUCCGUUAAUUGCAUUCGAUAACAAAAUUUCAGAGUUGUGUGUGUAUACUUUGAAAAUACUUUGUAUUCUAUUGAGAAUUUGACAAUCGAAAUUGUUGUAUCGUUUCGCGUUUAUUGUUCUUUAUAUUGGGAAGGAUUGGUUGAAUUUAAUUUGAUAAUGGAUACUGGCUUGUUCUAAACUGAUGGUUGCCAGUAAUGAUCAGUUUGCAGCAGGCGAGUGGGGAAGCUACAGUAUUAGAUAGAUCGCUUGAGAGGUGGCAUGGAGACGAACCUAGUCAUUUUGUGAAAUGUCAAAUUGUCAAAACCGCGCAGUCGCGGCCGGAAUAGGAACUCUUAAAACUCGCUGCUAUAUGUGUAUAAAGUGAAGUAAUUAUCAUUAUAUAUGUCAUAAUGUUAACAGUUCGUAGAAUAUGAAAAAUAACGGAUCAAUUUCGAAGGCUAUCAGAUGGAAGCCGAUUAGUGCUAAGAUGCUACGACUUACUGCAAGUUUUCUUUCGAUAUAAUCGAACUUUCUGAUUUAAGGAUAUGUAUCUUGAUUCUACUGUGUAGUUUAUUUGGAAUCAUUAAAUAGGAACAUAUCUUUUAAACCUUUUUAUAUUUUCAUCGAUUACCAUUCAAUUUGAUUGAAUUGUCGUCAAAUUUCAUAAGCUAACGUUUGUGUAAAUAUUUCUAACGUUGUAUAUACUUUUAUCUAUUUGUAAAUAUUGUAGAUAGUUAUCUUAGAAUAGCCGUUUCACAAUCUUAGGCUGCAGUAUUACUAGGGACUUUGAGCCUUGUAUAUCUAUGAAUGUAAAAUUUUCUAGGACUCAUUUUUAAUUGCCAAAAUGUAAGCUUAUUAAUAAUUUUCAUCGAGAGGUAAAAAAUGUUUUGUAAACCUCUUUGGGUGCUUACACCUAUCGCUUCUUUUAAAUAGCUCUUUUGUCCUCAUCUUCUUGUGUUUUUAUUUUAAAAGUAAUUGAGUAAAUGGACGUGUUAUUUAAAUAUGUGUAUUCCUUGAAUUUACUUUAUAUUAUGUCAACUUGUUUUCUGAUAGAUUCGAAAUUGAUUGCUGUGUUUUUUCGAUGCAAGAUUGACCUGACUUGGGUUUUUCUGAGGAACGAAUACAUUUUCGUCGACUACGACUUUUAAUGCACAAAACUGUGCGCUUUUUCUUAUUUUUGGUGUGUUAAAUGUGCUUUAUUGGAAUUUAUUAUAAGUGUUUUAGUGUUUACAGUUUUAUGUUUUGCUAACGUUUAGCAAUAUACACAUGGACUAAUUUGUUUGCAGAUACGGCAAUUGCUUUGUACAUGCUUUUAUUGUGAUUUAAAUUGAAAAUAAUUUCAUGGCGUACAUUUAACAUACCAGAAGAUUUAGUCCGCCUUUUCUGAUAGGCUUAUCUAGAUGUCGACACUGUGUUGGCAGGAAUAUUAUAAUUUGAGACUUGUCUCUUUCUUAUUGUAAACAGCAACAAAAAUGCUUCGAUUAAGACGUUACUGUAAUUGUACAUGUUGGUGAAAUACAAUUGAUGUGAUUUUGUA